AAGAAAAUCUCUUAGGAUGCUCGAUCAGUACGUGCCUUAAAUAACAUUAAUGGAGAACUCGGAAGAGGAGUUGCGAGAUUUGGACGGGCUGAGCAAAAUAGGACGAACCUCCAGCAGCACAGACGGGCAGAGCAAGAAAAGGAGGAGCUCUAGCAGUAUAGAGGGGCUAGUGAGCGAGAUAGGAAGGUCUAACAGUAUAGAUGAUCUCUCCUCUGUUCCGCUGCCUGAAUUUGGAAGUAUUCACUCCCCCGAGUAUAUUGAUAACAAUGGCAGUACUUUAGACUCUCCCAUUAACUCAGGUCACAGGAAGCUAUGUAUCAGUAUCCAUGAACCUCUUCGGAAGAAGCGGAACCACCGUCACCAUGGAGACAAGCAGAGGAGACGGAGACCAACCUCUCAUAACACAGCCUUAGGACCACAAAUAUCAAGAAAGGUCAUCAAAAAGUCUGAGCUGUCCAAGUGGCAAGCAGAGAAAAUCCAAAAAGACGCAGAACUAACUAAAUAUCUUCACAUUGAUAGUAGUGAGCGUUCGGAAGAAGAAGAGACAAAAAAGACAAGACAGAGACAUCGGUCUGAAAGUAGCUGCCCUCACCCCAAAACAUUUGAUCUGAAGGGUAGAAGGAUGUCGAAGCAAGCCACCAUGAUAAGCCAAGAAGGUUUAAAGUUGUCCUCCGCUAUAAAAUCAACUGAUCUAAACUACCAGUCCACUAACACUCCUACCAGUCAUCACAUUGAGCCCCACACAGUGUAUGUAGAGUUGGAGGAGCUCCAUGAAGAUGAUAAAACUAAGAAAAUGGAGUGGGUUGAAACUGCGAGGUGGCUCAAGUAUGAGGAGGAUAUGGAGAAGAGUGAGAGGUGGGGUAAGCCUCACGUGUCUUCUCUCAGUUUCCAUAGUCUACUGGAACUGCGCAGGGGCUUCUCCAAAGGUAUAGCAGUGAUAGAUUCAAGAGAGGUGACCCUACAAGGUGUAGCUCACGAGGCUCUUAAUGAGUUUGUUCACCAAGGCAUCCUGAAGAGGGAACACAAGGACAUUGUACUUCGUGCUCUCCUCUUGAAACACAAGAAUGAGUUUCAGUCCAAGAAGAAUAAAAGGAAAAGUUUAGAUUUUUUGACUGCUAUGAGAAACAGAAGGGCUCAUUCUCUGGCGCCAGAUAAAGUCUUAACUGAGAAGGAUGAUGCAAAAUCAGAAAACAAGAAACGACUUAGCUGCCCGGAUGAGGAUCUCGGAAGAUUCAAGAAGAUACAACGUCGCAUAUCUUCUUUCGAUCCAACAUUUGGAGCCAGAUCCACUUCACAAGGUUACUCAAAAGACAUCUCCGAUCCUGCUGCAGAGCGUAGACAGAGCAUAUUUGAUAGGCUUCAGCUCAAAAUUAAUGAAUUUAAAGGGAGAUCGAGUAAAUCAGAAGAUCUGGAGUCUUGUGUUUUUACUAACGUUGCGAGUGAAGCACCUACUUUACCCGCCCUCACAGAGGAGACAAUGGAUGAGAUACAACCUCCAAAUGAGGCAAAACAAGGGAAGACCUCAAAUGAGUCAAAACAGGGAAAUAACUCAAAUGAGGCAAAACAAGGGAAUACCUCAAAUGAGGCAAAACAAGGAAAUAACUCAAAUGAGGCAAAACAAGGAAAUUCCUCAAAUGAAACAGCAGAAGAGAGGGAGAUAACCGAAAUUUCUGACAAGUUGGUGUCGAACAUUCUAGAAAAAGUGAAGCAGGAUUUUAUGAAAUGUGAGCAAGAGAUCAAACAGAAGCGGACUGGUCUAAAUUCCCGAAAGACAGUUUCAUUCAUGGAACCCCGAAAGUCAACAGUUGGACUCCACGAACUAAAUUUUGACAGACCUACACUCUCUCCUACCGCUCACUUUGUUCUUAACAAUCCUCUCGUUGUGGAAGAGGAGGAGGAAGAGGAGGAUGGUGUUAGGGUAUUGGAUGCAAUAACGAAACAUGUGGAGACAACGUCAGGAUCUGAAGAAGUACAAGCAUCUCAAGAAUCCAGCUCCGGCAAGGAUGGAGGGGACAAGAAGUCAUCUGUCAGUGACGGAAAAAGGAGAGCCAGUACUGCGCAGUUCCUCAAGCAUAAACUUAACAGGUCCCCGCUACAAUGGCUGAAAAAUGCUUCCACGAGAAUCGAGAAAUACAUGUAUCCUGAUCAGGAUAAGAGCAAUGAUCGUACUAGAAGGUUCCUCCGAGCAGGUAGUCUACCCCCUGACUGUGAAGCCGCCCCAGUUUUAGUGGCAAAACUGGACUUUCUCACCAAACCUCUGGUGGCUUUUAUCCGGCUAGCUGAUGCUCAGUACUUUGACGACAUCACAGAGUACUACAUGCCCGUGAGGUUCCUGUUUCUGGUUAUUGGACCCCACUCCGACUCCGUGGACUACCACGAGGUGGGCCGGAGCAUCGCUACUAUCAUGAGUAAUCAGGAGUUCCAACAGAAGAUGUACUCCGCUAGCAGCAAGGAGGAGGUCCUGGCGGAGCUGAAUGUGUUUCUUAACGACAGUAUAGUCCUGCCCCCUGGAGAAUACGGCGCUGACCAUAUCCUACCUAAAACUUUACAGAAAUCGAUAAGAAAGAGAAAAAAACAAGCGGCUGAGAUCGAUGAAGACAAACGAGUGAGAUACCCAGUGGUUGGAUACAGCAGCGAGCUUAAAGAGCACUUCGACCCCCUCUCCCGUACUGGGAGGUACUUUGGUGGUCUUAUCAGAGAUGUCAAGACGUUACGCAAGCGCUAUCUAUCAGAUAUAAAAGAUGGGAUGAACCUAGUGACACUGGAAAGUGUACUGUUGAUGUUCGGUCUGAUGCUAGCCCCUGCUAUAACCUUUGGAGGGUUGGCUGGUAAACACACUUAAGGGGACUACGGAGUCAUUGAGAUGCUGCUCUCUACUUGCCUUGGAGGGGUAGUGUUCAGUCUCCUUACAGGACAGCCUCUUACCGUGUUUGGGUGUACUGGUCCUAUCU